UUGACGAUUAUCGAAUAACGAUGGUGUGGGAGACGCAGGAAGAACAAGCAACGAGCGCUUCCGGCAAACAUCAUAUCUUCUUGACUGGCGAUGCGACACCAAGGCCGCUUGAGAUUUUGAAUCCUACCCAGGCCAAAGAUAAUGCCCCAGUGACCAUCAUCUAUGAUUCCAGGAGUGCGGCACUUUACUAUGAUUGUCCAGAGCCGGAGGCGGUUAGAAACAGCGUCACCCUGGAUUUCCACCUCAAUACUAUUACAGAUAGCGAUAUCCAGUUGCUUUCAGCCAGCUCUGAGGAAAUGGAAUUGGAAGAAAUCACCCUGACGAAGCUAUUGACGAGCUUCCCCGUCGUCGACUACACUACGCGUUUCCACCGACUACUCUUCGACACCGAAUCGCUCAACGCCAUUGUCGCGAAGCUUGCUACGAUCGAUGUUCCGACACCGCAACCUGUUCCAAAUACCUCCAAGCCAUUGCUCGAACGUUUCGAAAUAUACAAGAGGGAGAAUUGGGCUCGCGUCCCGCCCCUGAUUAAGAGCAUAGAGAACGAUAUCCCAAUAUCCGGCACGUACAGUUCAGCCGGUAACUUCUUGGACACCCUGAUUAUGAAGGCCCGCCGCGAUGUACACCUACCGAUUGGUAUGAACCUCUUUCCACAAACGCCCCUAGCCGAGAACCGGGAGUGCGCACGCAAGCUCGUCCGCGACCUACCAGGCGAGUUCGUCGAGGAUCGGCUCAUGAACUAUGCUUCGACUCUAACCGUCUCGUAUACAAGUCUAGACCUGCUCUCGACGCUGGAUCUGCACAAGAUAGCAACGCAGAUAGAACGGCGCUGCCUCGAGAUCAUCGUGAAAGGCUUCGUGGACAACGCGUGCCAUAUACCUUCCAUCGCGGCCCUCGCGUCUGCAUUUGGGAGUGCACUCAACGGGUCCAAAGAGAUCCACGUCGCCCCAGAACCAUGGGUCGACGACAGCGAUAUGCAAGUAUACCGGACACGAUGUCUCUACUUGUUCUGGUGCGCGGACUGGCUGGUCUGUUAUCUUGGAAAGCCUGAGAUGGGGCCGUUCAUGGUGAUUGAUGGGGAAUCAAUCAAGGAGGGGUUGGUACGAGUGAGAGCAGAAAUUGGGCGUGCGGCGCAGUUGCUGCUGAGGAACUGGGCUGCUUGGAGCAUGUUUGUGGAAGGGCUGCCCAAGGGAGGGUUUUUUGUCCGACGACCUGGGGAACUCGAGGAGGCAGGAUAGCUUCGCGGGCCUUUGCGACUUUUUUUAGAUGGUCGACAGUAAGGUCGCUGAGGCUGGCUGGUCCAGGUGUUUCAUGAUUCGUGUCUUCUCCGCGGUUCUAGGGGCUAUUCGGUCGAUGCCGGCGAGCCAUGUUUCACGGCGGGUUUGUCGACCGUUCGCAUUGAUGGCAGAUGGGACUAGUAUGC